CGUGUUGCAAUAAAGAACUGGAAUAAUGAGUGAGCCAGCGGCAGGCGACACUCUUACAAUGGCGGCGCUCAAAGUGCUGUGCAUGGGUGAUCCAUGGAAGAAGGCCGAGUAUGGAGACACCGCCGCCACUCUCUGGCAGAGCGGAGCCAUUCUCGUGCCCUAUGCCACUGCACAAGAACAAAAAGUACCGGAUCAUCCCGCCCGCAACUCCAUCGUGAAGCUGGUGGCUCCUCAGCAAAUGCCCAAGCUCGGCAAGGCCGGUAGCUUGCUAAGCCGCAAGGCGCUUCUCCACAGUCUUGUCAACAUCGAGAGCUGGGCGAUCGAUCUUUCUUGGGAUAUUAUAGCUCGAUUUGGCGAGGAGGAGCGGCUGCCAAGGGAGUUCUUCGACGAUUUCGUCCGGGUUGCUCAAGACGAAGGCAGGCAUUUCAGGCUCCUGGCUGCUCGGCUGGCGGAGCUGGGAUCCUUCUACGGCGAGUUUCCUGCUCACGAAGGCCUGUGGAGCUCCGCUAUCGAGACGUCCGGCGAUCUAGCAGCCAGGCUCGCCGUGGAGCAUUGCGUUCACGAGGCUCGGGGUCUCGAUGUUCUUCCGACCACCAUCUCGCGUUUCCGGAAGAAUGGCGACGAGGAGACUGCCAAGCUGCUCGAGUCUGUGAUCUAUCCCGAGGAGAUUACUCACUGUGCGGCUGGUGUCAAGUGGUUUGCAUUCCUGUGCCAGCGAAGAGCGCAAGGCCGAGAAGGCGAGGUGGACAAGGCUGCCAUUGCCAAAGAGUUCCACACCACUGUGAGGAAGCAUUUCAGAGGUCCCUUGAAACCACCUUUCAAUGAAGCAGCGAGGAAAGCCUCUUGCAAAGAGCGAUAAAGCACAAGCCUGACAAGAAAAAAAAAA